AUGAAGUUGACUUUUCAAUUUUUCACUCUUUUAAUUUUUGUUUCUUCAUGUACAUCAAUACUUAUAAAGGAAUCUAGUGGAAAAGAGACAGCUUAUUAUUUCAAUCCAGCAGUAAGUCCUUUCGAUCCAUAUUCAUUGAACCAUGAACUUAAACAAGAUUGGAUUGGUUAUUGUUUUGAUUGCGCAAGAGCUUGUAUGAGACGGGGAAAAUAUAUUAAGAGAUGUAAUUUGGAAAGACGUCUUUGUCGUUGCAGUAUUAGUAAGAUUCAUUAAAGCAUUGUAAUUUGUUAAGAAAUUAAUAUAAAAAUCUAUCACUGUUUAAUGUUCCUCCAUGUCCUUCUUUUUACAAUUGAACAUGUAUAAUAUUCUAAAAGUUCGGUAGUAUGGACGCAACAUGAAAUUUAUUGGGAAAUAGAAGUUCUUGAUAAAGUAACUAAAAUUUAAAACAAC